AUGAAGACUUUUGUUGAUAACUUAGUUGUUGCUGCACAACCUAUUCAAGAAUAUAAUUUAAUUCUUCAUAUUCUUGGAGGUCUUGGUUUGGACUAUGAUGCAUUAGUGGUGUCUCUAACUGCUAGAUCGGAACCUAUUACACUUACAGACCUUCAUGGUCUCUUGUUUAGCCAUGAGUGUAGGCUUGAAAAAAUGCAAGUUGUUGAGCAAAACUUAGCUCAAGUUAAUCUUGCUACCCAAAAUUCUAACAAUAACUAUUUCCACAAUGGUCCCAAGAAUGAUGGCAGUAACAAGAAGUCUCUAAACAAUUUCCACAAUAAAAAUGGUAGGGGACGUGGUCGCAGAGCAAUUAAUUAUUACCAUCGCUUUGAUCAUGCUUACCAGGCAAAUUCAAAGAAUCAAAUGGCAGCGUUAUUGGCUCAACCAUCCUUUAUUACUGAUCCAAACAUAAACGUUCGAGGAGAAUAUGGUGGGGUUGAUCAGAUCGUUGUUGGAAAUGGUAAAGGUUUAUCUAUCAAACAUAUUGGUGAUUCAAUUUUACCUUGUUUUCCUCGUCCAGUAUGUUUAAGAAACGUGUUACAUAUUCUUGCUAUAACUAAGAAUCUACUUAGUGUUGCUCAAUUUACAUCUGACAAUAAUGUCUACUUUGAAUUUCACCGUCGUGUUUUUCUUGUGAAGGAUCGAGAAAUGGGGAAACUACUUCUAUGGGGAAACCCUGAGCAUGGGUUGUAUAAACUUUAA